AUGAAAGUUUUUAAUACAAAGCUUCAAACGGUAGUGAGAGAACAACUGACUGCGGAAGGACAUCCAUUACCUUCAGAAGUUACCAUAGCAUAUAAUUUUGAAACAAACUCAAUAGAUUUUAAAGUCGUCUCUGCAAAGAAGUCAGGUUUUACAUUUAAUGAAGCAGAUGUAUAUUCGAAUGAAAACUUCAAAGCUAUUGCAUGGUUAGAUAAUGACGAUUGCUUUAAGAAAAUCUUUAAAUUCAGUGACUCAAAGAUGUCAAUAGAUGACCUUCGUGGAAUGUUACCAUCGACGUUUACAGUAGAAGGUUCAGCAGGAUUGCUUACAAGAUUGUCAAUUGGUGGUAUUUGGUCUCGUGAGAACAUUGUUAUAAAAUCCAGUAUAAGUGAAUUUGCUGAAGAAUCUAUAUUAUGUCUUUCAAACUACAUGUAUUCGCCGCCGAAGCAUUAUAGUAUAACAAACUUUGUCAGUAAGUUUAACAUAAGACUUGUCGAACCUUCUUCAAUGAAAGAUGUUGUGCUACCUAAAGAUGGAAAGGAUGGACUUGUUAUUGAGAUGAUUUUAAUAGCAUAUUAA